AAUGCUUCUCCUGCAAAUGACAAGACAGUUGAUAUCCCCAACAAUGAACCAGAAGCAGGUGAAAAAACGGUUAUCGAAACUGACGUGGGAACAAUUGAGCUCAAGCGGGAACUGGGCCUUCCUGGAGGGAUCUCUUUCAUUGUUGGUUGUAUCAUAGGGUCCGGUAUCUUCGUCUCACCCAGAGGAGUUUUAGAAUCCACAGGUUCAGUGGCCCUGUGUCUGAUCGUGUGGGGCGCUGCUGGUGUGAUCUCACUUCUUGGGUCUCUGUGUUACUGCGAGCUGGGAACUUUGAUCCCCAGGUCAGGAGGCGAGUACUCAUACAUACGUGGUGCGUAUGGCAAUAUGCUGGCAUUCCUCUACACAUGGGUGUCUGUCAUCUUGAUCAAACCAGCAGGCUUGGCUAUCAUGUCACUGACGUUUGGAGUAAACUUUUCCUCUGUGUUUGAGAUGUGUGGACUUCCUGCAAUGCCUCAGAAGUUGGCAGCUGUUACCUGCUUACUGACCAUCAUGCUGUUGAACUGCUACAGUAUCAAGUUAUCUGCCUGGCUCCAGAUAGUGACCACAGUAGCCAAACUGGCCGCCCUGUUUGUGAUUAUUAUCGGAGGCAUUUACAAGAUAACACAAGGUUACACUACGGAAAUCAUGUCGGGAUUUGAAGGAUCGCUGUCGGAUGGGGCAACAAUUGCUUAUGCUUUCUACAGUGCGCUGUGGGCCUAUGAUGGAUGGAACAAUUUGAACUAUGUAACAGAAGAACUCAAGGAGCCUCACAAAAACCUACCACGCGCCAAUAUUAUCAGUAUCCUCUGCGUCAUCGUCAUCUACGUGCUAACAAAUUUAUGCUAUCUGACCGUUUUAACCAAAGCAGAGAUGCUCGAAUCUUCAGCCGUCGCAAUGCUGUGGGGUGAUCGAGUCCUCUACUCUGCCGCCGUGAUCAUGCCUCUUGCAGUGAUGGUUUCCACGUUGGGUUCGACAAACAGCAGUGCUUUUUCUGGUGGAAGGUCACUGCUUUCAGCCGCUCGAGAUGGAAACUUUCCAGAAGUCUUAAGUUUCAUCAACGUGAAACAGUUAACACCUAUCCCAUCCAUGGUGGUUACGAUCUUGUUGGCUGUUAUCUUUGUGCUCAUCGGCGACAUCGGCAGCCUCAUUGACUUCUUCAGCAUCUGCACCUGGCUGUUUUAUGGUCUGACCUUUAGUACGGUGGUCUACUUCAGGUUCAAGAUGAGGGAUGCAGUCCGACCCUAUAAG